UGAAAAUUGCCAAAAGUUUGCCUCUCAAACAUUUUAAAUGUUUUUUCUUUUUUAGUUUUUAUGUCAACCAUUGAAAUGUUCAUUAAAUGAUUAAACUCAGUUGACCUACCAAAAAAGGAAAAUUUAAAUUCAGAGAUAACGUUUCAUUGGGUGGUCGUGUAAGUAAGAGUCGCCGUCAGCGAGUUUUUCUACUCCCUGAGUAAUGGAGCCAUCUCAACCGUCGCUUUCACAUACAACUGUCCCGGUGGAUUCCGACGGCCGAGCCACCGUCUUCCGACCGUUCUCUCUCUCCUCGCCGCACUCACGAGCCUUUCACCUAGCAUGGCUCUCACUCUUCUCCUGCUUCUUCUCCACUUUCUCAAUCCCUCCUCUUGUCCCCGUCAUCUCCUCCGACCUCAACCUCUCUGAAUCCACCGUAUCCGCCGCCGGGAUCGCCUCCUUCGUUGGCUCUAUCUUCUCUCGUCUCGCUAUGGGACCACUCUGUGAUCUCAUCGGACCAAGAACUUCCUCGGCUAUCCUCUCUUUCCUCACCGCUCCAGCAAUUCUCUCCGCCGCCUUCAUAUCCUCUCCGACGUCGUUCAUCCUCCUUCGUUUCUUCGUCGGCUUCUCCCUCGCUAAUUUCGUAGCUAAUCAGUACUGGAUGACAUCCAUGUUCUCCGGUAACGUCAUUGGUCUCGCUAACGGCGUCUCAGCAGGUUGGGCUAACGUCGGCGCCGGUAUCUCUCAGCUCCUUAUGCCUCUCAUCUAUUCCACCAUCGCCGAGCUCUUUCCACGCGCCUUUGCUUGGCGCGUGUCUUUCGUGUUUCCCGCCGUUUUUCAGGUUACAACCGCCGUACUCGUUCUCAUCUACGGCCAAGAUACUCCCAACGGCAACAGAGAAACAUCGAAGCAAAACAAAAUCAGAACUCCUGAAGAAGAAGGAGAACAUUCCAAUUUCGUUGAGAUUCUUAUCGGCGGACUUGGGAAUUACAGAGCGUGGGUCUUAGCUCUGCUCUACGGAUACUCGUACGGCGUCGAGCUCACGACGGAUAACGUGAUCGCCGGAUAUUUUUACGAGAGAUUCGGGGUGAAUCUGGAGGCGGCGGGGACGAUCGCGGCGAGUUUCGGGAUAUCGAACAUAGCGUCGCGACCGGCGGGAGGAAUGAUAUCGGACGCGCUGGGGAAGAGAUUCGGGAUGAGAGGGAGGCUCUGGGGACUCUGGGUGGUGCAAUCGGUGGCUGGGUUGUUGUGUGUGUUACUCGGACGAGUUAACUCGCUCUGGGGAUCCAUCGCCGUCAUGUGGGUCUUCUCUGUUUUUGUUCAAGCUGCUUCUGGCCUUGUCUUUGGCGUCGUCCCUUUCGUCUCCUCCAGAUCUUUAGGAGUGGUGGCGGGGAUUACGGGAAGUGGCGGCACAGUGGGUGCGGUGGUGACGCAGUAUCUGUUGUUUUCAGGCGAUGGUGUUAGGAAACAGAGAAGUAUUUCACUUAUGGGUUUGAUGAUGUUUGUGUUUUCACUUUCUGUUACAUCUAUUUACUUUCCACGUUGGGGUGGAAUGUGUUGUGGCCCUUCGUCGUCGUCUUCUGGAAGUGAAGAUGUUUCCCGGCGACUUCUGGACGACGAUGAAGAGGAAGAUGGUAAAGUGAGAAGUGGUAGACUUCGUCCCGUUUGUUGAUUGCGUAUUUGUGCUGCCAAGCAUUUGGCCAUAUCAGAAGUAAUGGGUAAUGGCCAAGUAAUUAAUUAAUACACUAGGCAGAUUAAUCUUUUGCUAUAGGGGGGUUUUGUGGAUCAAAAUGUUAAUGGAACACUUAAGGAAGAAUUUGUUGUUAUCAUGUCAAAGAGUCUUUAAACUUUUUUAAUAUAUGUUCUUGUUCGUGUUGAAA